ACCCCAUUAUCAUGGCUUUUCGGGCACGGUCUUUGGCUCUUGUUCGAUGGGGUCACAGCUCUCGCUCCCGGUUGAUUGGUCCAAUUCGUGACCUGGCCACCGUUUCUAAUGGCUCACGACCAUACGAUGUGGUUGUUAUCGGAGGUGGACAUGCUGGCUCAGAAGCCUGCGCUGCGGCAGCCCGAUCGGGUGCUCGCACUGCUUUGAUCACACCUUCGCUCUCAAACAUCGGCGUAUGUUCGUGCAAUCCAAGCUUUGGAGGAAUCGGAAAGGGUACAAUGAUCCGGGAGGUCGAUGCCAUGGAUGGCGUCACGGGACGCAUAAUCGACAAAGCCGGUAUCAUGUUUCGCAUACUCAACAAAUCAAAAGGACCUGCAGUUUGGGGCCCUCGCGCGCAAAUCGAUCGUGACCUGUACAAAAAAUACAUGCGAGAAGAGCUCCUUGGAACCGAAGGAUUAAGUGUUUUGGAGGGCAAAGUAGCGGAUAUUGUGGUGUCCAAGGAGGGCGUGGAGAAUGUGCCAGGUGCUCAGGGUAAAAUUGUCGGAGUAAAGCUGGAGUCCGGUGAGGUUAUCCCUACUAACCGAGUGGUCAUCACAACCGGUACCUUUUUGGGCGGAGAAAUCCAUAUCGGAAUGACUGUAUACCCAUCGGGCCGUAUGGGUGAGGCUGCUACUUUUGGGCUGAGCAAGUCCCUCCGUGAAGCUGGGUUUCAACUUGGCCGUCUGAAGACUGGGACUCCUCCUCGACUAGAUGCAAAAACCAUUGAUUUCAAAGCCCUUGAAAUCCAAAAAGGCGAUUCACCCCCGCAGCCUUUCUCCUACCUCAACAAUACGGUUGACGUUGGUGACGAAGGCCAGCUCAACUGCUGGAUGACCCAUACCAACGAGGCCUCUCACGACAUUAUCCGUGCCAAUCUGGACAAGUCCAUCCACAUUCGCGAGACAGUAAGAGGACCGAGAUACUGUCCGUCUCUUGAGUCGAAAAUCAUUCGCUUCCAGGACAAACAGCGACAUCUCAUUUGGCUGGAGCCAGAGGGAUUUGCACCUAAUGACGUUAUCUAUCCUAAUGGAAUCUCUAUGACUGUUCCGGAAGACGCUCAGUUCGCUAUGUUGCGGACGGUUCGUGGGUUAGAGAACGUACGCAUGCUUCAACCCGGCUAUGGAGUGGAAUACGACUAUAUCGAUCCUCGCAACCUUCGGCCUACCCUAGAAACGAAAUUGAUUAGCGGACUUUACCUCGCUGGUCAGAUCAACGGAACAACCGGGUAUGAAGAAGCCGCCGGGCAGGGAAUCAUCGCUGGUACCAACGCUGGUCUUUCUGCAAAAGGUCGGUCGCCACUCACGCUUACGCGGUCAGACGGAUUCAUCGGAAUCAUGAUCGACGACCUCAUCACAAAGGGUGUAUCUGAACCCUACCGUAUGUUCACAACGCGGAGUGAAUACCGCAUCUCCACCAGAUCGGACAAUGCGGAUCUACGUCUAACACGAAUGGCCCGCGAUGUGGGUGUCGUCUCGGACAAACGCUGGCGUCAAUUCACCGACACCGAGGCGCAACUCAAAGAGCUCCAGACUCUACUCGCUAACACAAAAAUGUCCUCGAAUGCAUGGACCCGCAGAGGCUUCAAGGCCCGAGUCGACACCUCUAUCCGUUCUGCCCUGGACCUUCUCUGCCUUGACGAAGUCGAUGUAGACGCUUUGAUCCCGCACAUCGAAUCCCCAUCCGGAAAGGUCUACACGCCCUCAUCCUUUGCCCCUGAAAUCCGAACCCGCGUCGCCAUCGAACGCCGCUACGCUCCAUACGUCGCACGGCAAGAGACAGCCGUCCGCAAGUUCCUGCAGGAUGAAAGCCUUUUCCUCCCCCCUGACCUAGAUUACUCCAAAGUCCAAGGCAUAAGCACGGAGGAGAAACAGGCCCUCGAACGCGUCCGCCCUGUCAGUGUGGGCAUGGCCAGACGAAUCGAAGGUGUCACUCCCGCGGGUGCUCUGCGGUUACUCGCACACGCUCGGAGAACUGGCACAGCACCAGCAAGUGACAAUCUAGAAGAAACGCCAGACGAUAUCCUACAACAAGCUCCUUGAAUCGAAAUUUGAAUCUAGUACAUACAUCACUUACGAACAUGCACAUUUUGCAUUCUUAUAUUCUGAAAAUUCAGCGGCAAACACACCAGGCGUAAUGGACAGGUUUAGGGAAAGAAAGGUGCCUGAUAUGGAAGGGCUUGCAUCCUCCUUAUGAGGCAAAAUAAUCCGGGAAAGGAUAAAUAUGUAUAUUAUCUGAUGCAUUUUUUGGGAUUGUAUCCUUGAUUUAUUCUGACGGGUCAUGGACAUGUAUGUAUACUAUUGGAAUCUCCUCAUCUCACCAUGUACAUUAUUAACACUAUAGAUAAAGCAUUGAAGAUGCCUGUCGCAUCAUUUCAGAGUUACUCCCUCAAAUGUAUAGAACAAUUAAUCCAAAC